UAAUUAUUAAAAAAAAUAUGUGUACAUUAGAGAAGCGAGGUAGCCUCUACAUUCUUACUCUUACCGGCCCGGGAGAGCACCGGCUAAACCCCACACUGAUCGACGCAAUUCAAUCGGCUUUGCGCCGAGUCAAAGCGGAGCCGACCACUUCGUCGUCAGCUUUAAUCACCACCGCCCAAGGCAAGUUCUUCUCCAACGGUUUUGAUCUCGCCUGGGCCCAAUCAAUCCAAUCAGAUCUCCUCCUUAUGUCGCAGAAGUCACAAUCUCUUAUACACGAUUUAAUUACCCUUCCCAUGCCGACAAUAGCCGCCAUAUCGGGCCACGUGUCAGCCGCCGGUGUGUUUUUGGCUUUAAGCCACGAUUACGUUUUGAUGAGAAAGGAUCGAGGGUUUUUGUACAUGAGUGAACUCGAUAUAGGGAUAACAAUCCCGGCUGUUUAUAUUGCUUUGAUUGAGAGUAAGAUUGGUGAGCCGAUGGCUCGACGCCAGAUGUUGUUGGGAGCGGCUAAGUUGACGGCUAAAGAGGCGGUGGAGAGGGGUAUUAUUGACGCGGCGUAUGAUAGCGUUGACGAGACUAUCAGAGCUGCGGUUGAAUUGGGGGAUGAGUUGGUUAAGAGGAAGUGGGAUGGACACGUGUACGCUCAGAAUCGAAUGGUGAUUUUAAGAGAGGUGUUGGAUAAGUUGGAGUUUGAUGAGACUGGAGGUGGGAUCACAAACACCAAAUCAAAACUCUAA